AUGGAUAGACCAUUGUCGACAACCGAUGUCCCGAAGAAAUUCCUUAAGGCCUGUUUGAUGGUGGGUCAUGUUCCGCUGAGAGCCUUGGCCUGCGAUCCACGCGUUUCCUACGCGCUUUACAUACCUCCGACCCGAUACGAUGCCGAUCCCAGCCCGACCAAGCUCCCCUUGCUCGUCUGGGUUCAUGGUACAGGCAGAAAAUGGAACACGCUUUACGAAGAUGAAAUGGUGUCUUUUGCCGAUCGGAUGCCCUGUGCGAUCCUCACCCCGCUGUUUCCUGCUGGUCUUGAUGGUCCGAAUGAUUUGGAUUCGUACAAAAUGUUGCACUCAUCCUCGCUUCGGUCCGAUCAGGCACUACUGGAGAUCCUUGAUGAAGUUGCAGCUCGCUGGCCCGGGAUUCGAACAGACAGAACUUUCGUUAUGGGUUUCUCUGGUGGUGGCCAAUUCGCCCACAGAUUUCUUUACCUCUACCCUGAACGCCUAGCUGGUCUCAGCGUGGGAGCACCGGGGAGAGUAACCGCGUUGAAUCUUUCGAAGAAUUGGCCAGAAGGUGUAGCCAACACGAAGAAAUUGUUCAAUUUAGACGUGGCUCCUGACAACAUUCGCAAAGUCCCGAUUCAGUUGGUGGUUGGCUCGGAAGACAAUAAGGUCCACGGGGGCGAAGCAUUCUGGAGUUGGUUAGAGAACUUUCGAAAGGAAGAAAUAGAGAAGCAACCGGAGACCGCACGGCUAUCUCGUAUGGAGAAUGGGCGGUUGCAAAUUUUGGAAGAGCUUCAUAAAUCAUGGAAAACUUAUGGAAUCGAUAGCCAACUGGACAUAGUUCCAGGCAUCGCACAUGAAGCAGUCAAGGCGCGUCCUUAUAUGUUACGUUUUAUUGAGCCAUUGAUGCAAGCCGAGAUUAGAAAAUAA